GAGUUCCCCUCCUAAUCUCAGGAAUGACAUCAGAACAAGAGGAAAUCAUGGAGUUAUACAUUGAAACAUGGGGAAUAAGUUUAUAAGAUUGAAUUUUAAACUUUACUUGAAGAAUAGUGCAUCUAAUAAACUGCAUGCACCUCAGAUUGGGGAUCAACUUCAUGGUUGAGAAGGAGGAAUUAACGGGCUCGGUCCGUUAUCGCCUCUAUUAGACUGUGCCGGGUGAGGGCAAACAUGUCCGGGGAUGAGGACGGGUGUCCCGAGGCGCAGCUUGUCACGGAGGCCGGGCCCAACUGGCUCCGCGCGGAGAUCGAGCGCCUGACGCGGGAACUGAGCGAGACGAGCCGGGAGAAGAUCCAGGCGGCGGAGUACGGGCUCGCGGUGCUGGAGGAAAACCAGCAGCUGAAACAACGCUUUGAAGAUCUGGAGAGCGAAUAUGAGACCGUCAGACAAGAGCUGGAUCAGCUCAGAGAGGCAUAUGGCCAGGUUCACUCCACCCAUAAAAAGGUGGCUGCGGACGGGGAAAGCAGGGAGGAGUCCCUCAUCCUGGAGUCGGCAUCUAAAGAGGCCUACUAUGAGCAGAGAGUGCAGGAUCUGCAGACUGACCUACGACAAACAAAAAACACUCUCACCAGCACACAGGCAGAGAACGAACGUCUGGCCACCCUUGCCCUCGAGCUGAGAGAGAAUAAUGAGAUUGUGGAGCUGCAGCGCAGUCGUCUGCGUGAUGACAUUCGAGAGUACAAGAUCCGAGAGUCUCGUCUGCUGCAAGACUACACUGAACUGGAGGAGGAGAACAUCAGCCUGCAGAAACAAGUCUCCACCCUUAAACAGGGUCAGGUGGAGUUUGAGGGACUCAAGCAUGAGAAUCGGCGUUUGGAAGAGGAAGUACAGUACCUAAACAGCCAGCUAGAGGACGCUGUUCGGUUACGCGAAAUAGCCGAGCGUCAGCUAACGGAGGCUCUAGAAACCGUAAAGACCGAGCGGGAGCAGAAAGCAGCUCUUCGAAAAGAAUUGACACAUCACAUGACCCUGGGAGACUCCCUCCUUGCCAGCUCAUUGGACGGGCUUAAACUGAGUGCAGACGAACCUAAUAAUGAUGAUGCCAUUCUGACAUUUGAAAAUGGAUUUGCUAAAGUCAGUGAAGGUAAUGAUGAAGAUAACAGAUUGUCUUCACCCAAGAGAGGUGAAAACUUCCGUCCCGCACCAAGUCUGGUGGAUGACUUGUUGACCGAGCUGAACAUCUCUGAGAUCCAGAAACUCAAGCAACAGCUGUUACAGGUGGAGCGAGAGAAGGUAGCUCUUCUCACCACUUUACAGGACUCUCAGAAGCAGUUAGAGCAUGCUCGCGGAGCAUUAGCCGAACAGCAGGAAGCUAUGACGAGACUUAGCGAUGAUUUGGGCGCAAUGAGAAGACUGCAGGCAGGCAAGGAGCGGCAGUCGGCACUGGACAGUGAGCGAGAGCGGGACAGUCGAGAGGACAAUGAUGUGGACUAUUAUGAGCUGGAUAUCAAUGGGCCAGAGAUACUUCGCUGCAAGUAUGAGGUAGCCAUAGCAGAGGCAGGUGAACUAAGGGGGGAGCUUAAGGGACUAAAGUCGGAGCAUGAUGAGAUGAAGGCUGAGCAUGAGGAGAUACGGGCACGACUGGAAGGACAGGUGCGUGACCUCAGUGUUCAAGUGUCUCAGUUGGAGAGCAGCAGCCGUGCAGACCGCGAUCAAGUCACUCGGUUGGAAAAGGAGCUAAAGGAAGUGAGUGCAGUCGCAGGCGAGACAGAGGGCAGUCUCAGCGUUGCCCAGGAUGAACUUGUUGCCUUUAGUGAAGAGCUUGCAAACCUCUACCACCAUGUCUGCAUGUGCAACAAUGAAACCCCGAAUCGCGUCAUGCUUGAUUUCUACAAAGAAGGUAAAGGAAGCAAGACUGAAGGUAAAGAUCGGCAGUCUACAUUGACGCAAACCAGCAACAGCACAGCCCAGGCACCCAGGUCCAACUCCACUACUGUUGACAGCUCAACUUCUGGGAUGGCAGUCAGAGAAGAGCCACGUCCUGAACCAAUGGACAUCUACAACCUGGUAGCAAUAAUUCGGGAUCAGAUCCGCCACUUGCAGAAGGCAGUGGACCGUACCACAGAAUUAUCCAGGCAAAGAGUUGCUUCUCUAGAGUUGGCCGCAGUGGCAGAUAAAGACCAAGCUGCUUGCAUGGAGGAGAUUUUGAAGCUCAAGUCCCUGCUGAGCACUAAGCGAGAACAGAUUGCCACGCUGAGGACUGUGCUCAAGGCCAACAAACAGACAGCUGAGGUUGCCCUAGCAAACUUGAAGAGCAAAUAUGAGAAUGAAAAGGCCAUGGUCACCGAAACCAUGAUGAAGUUAAGAAACGAGCUGAAGGCUCUUAAAGAAGAUGCUGCCACUUUCUCCUCUCUCAGGGCAAUGUUCGCCACCAGGUGUGAUGAGUAUGUAACACAAUUAGACGACAUGCAGAGGCAGCUAGCUGCAGCAGAAGAUGAGAAGAAGACUCUGAACUCCCUCCUGCGUAUGGCCAUCCAGCAGAAACUGGCCCUCACUCAGCGACUGGAGGAUCUGGAGUUUGACCACGAGCAAUCCCGAAGAGGAUCCGGUGCUGGGCCAGGUGGCCGUGGGAAGGCUCCAUCUGGGCGUGGCAGAGGACCCUUGUCUUUUUCCAGCCCCCAUUAAUUUUAUUAGCUCUGGAGUUUAGCCAAAUGGCUAUUUCCUUCUUCCUUCACUCUACACUAUACGUCCAGAAUACACAUGCCUGGUUCAAAACAAGAAAUUUGUCCCUGGAUGUGGCUGCAAGAAAACACAGGCUCACAUGUAAAGCCAACCGGUCUAUGUAAUCAUUAUUCUGACUGUUACUGUGGUAUUUUUUUUUUUCCUGCUUUGUUUUUAAUGUAACUGUGCACUUUUAGUGCAUUAGUUAAUAUUAUGUAAGAGAUGCACAUUUCAGUAUACUUAGCACAUUUUUUUUUUCUUGCAAAUUUUAUGUAUUUAACUGAAAAAAUAAUAUAAAAACUAUUUGUUUGUUUUAUAGUAUUUUAAGUGCUUAACUGCCAGGUUCUAAGCAUAUUCCAGGGAGGAAAAUGACGUUAAAUAGGCCCAUAUAUGUUUCUUGUUCUGUUCUAUUCUAACUGAACAUUAUCUUGCAAGUCAUGUAAUGUAACUCCACUAAAAGAACAACUUGACUUUGACUUGCUCCUGAAAAGACUGGAGUCAAUUUUCAUAGUGGGUCAUGGAAAUGUUAAAUUCAAGACAUUUUAUAAAAAACAAAAUCAAUUCCAAAUUGGAAUACUUUCUACAUUUUAUUGCCAAAUACUGCAUUAAGGUCAGCAUUUUGUAUUUUACAAUGCAAUACAUAUUUGUAUUAAGACAUUAUCUGUUUUGUAUAACCCUCUCCUAAGACCUCCUGUGCCUUUUAUUGGUUUUUGUUUUCAUGAACAAUUCUAAGAGCCAUAGUCUUCAGUUUUUCUGUCAGUCUCGCUGGACAGUAAUUAAACACUCCUUUUGAAAGUCAACUCAGAUUGCUUGUUUAGGAGAUUUUAAAUGUUAGUAAGGACUAGGUGUGUUAAAAUCAUACAUUCCUUUUGAGGAAGAAAUGAUUUCUGAUGGCGGUCAUGAUGGCUGUCUGUUGGCAUUGUUAGUCAUUAUUUUCCUAUGUGUAACCUUGAUAAUAUUUUGUUUGUAUUUCAGCAAGCAGAAAACUUUGCCUCAGAAUGAACAUUUGUGCCAUUUCAAAUUUAAGACAUUGCAAGUUUUAAAUUACCUGUUUCCUUUCCCGUUUUUUCUUUUGACUACAAAUUAAGUGCAAUUUUGUGCUGUUUCUGGAGUGUUUGCAAUAGUUUUCUAUUUGCUGAAAACCGCUUCAUCAGCCAUGUCAUAGCUUUGUGUGACAUUUUGAGUUUAUUUUUUACACAUUUGUAUGGAAUGACCUCGCGUGUUUGUUCAUAUUUAUUCAUAACCUUGGGUAUCGUUCAGUAUUAAUGACUAGGAUUAUAUGCAUUAUAACUGGCACAUGCGCUGCCUCUCUUUGCAUUUCUACUUGAAAUCUUACAGGUACAGUGUACUACAUAUACUGCAUCCACCUGUGUUUGGUUUUUUUUUUUUUUUUUUACAGUACUGAUGUUAAAGUUGUGCUUUUUUUCUAAACAUUUGAGCUUCCCUGUAGUUUAUCAAGAGGAACACAUUAUAGGCCCAUGUCUGUCUUAACAUUUCUCAUUUGACAAUGAGCAAAAAAAUAAAAAACUAAUGUAAAAUA